AUGAUUCUACGGUCAUGCGUGUUGAAACGGACAGCAGCACAAUGCUCGCACCUGGAAUGGCCUUCGAAGCGGCCGUUUCACGCCUCCGCUGGACGACGAGAUGACUGUGGCAUGCCCAACCACUAUGAGACGCUGGAGGUGUCGAUACAUGCGAGUCAGAAGGAUAUCAAGAAACAAUUCUACAAACUUUCCAAGGCAAACCAUCCUGAUCUGCAUCCUAACGAUCAGUCUGCCUCCCAGCGAUUCGUGAAGAUCAGUGAGGCGUGGGCGACGCUGGGGUCGCCGGAGAAGAAGCAGCGAUAUGACAGAGACUUUAUACGUACACAGCAGGCACCAUCUUCGGGAGGACCAGUACCUCACGGCAGUUUCUCUUCCUCCAGCACCACCGGCCCCGGUGGCCGUCCAGCAAGCGGAUUGAGUCGCAGAAGGACACAGUUCCGCGGCCCACCACCCUCAUUCUACCGAAGCGGAGGCUGGGGCAAACACUCCGAAAAGCGAAGCGAACACGCCUCCAAAGCCUCCCACACCAACGAAGCCCAAGGCCACUCCGCCAGCGGCCCCGCAGGCCCAGGGAUGGGACCGAGCGGCUUUGCGAUGGGCUUCGACAGCGACGUGCCUCACUUCGACAACCGCGCGCAUACACAGACGCAUAGCGAGAUCGAGCGGACGAGACAUAAGGCAAGGCGGAAAAGAGCCGUGAGGGUCGAGGAGCCGGAGAGCGUGGCGGGGAAUAGUGUGCUGUUUAACUUUUUUGUAUUGACGGGGAUUCUUGGGGUGGUUGCGGGGGUUGGGAAUGCGGUUUAUGGGGGAAGUGGGGGGAGGGGAGGGAAGAAGGAUGGGGAGAGUUAG